AUGACGAACGCUCCGAAAGCCAAAAAGCCGAGACAAGAGGAUACCCGUAAGCCUCGACUGUUCCAAAAGUACGAUUCCUACCAUGAGUUAACGGUAGGAGUCGAGGAGGUCUUCAACCAGGUCAGCCGCGGGAACUUACUGCGCCAACCGAAAGCAAUGAAGUCAGAUCCCAGUCGAAGGAACCAGAAGAAAUUUUGUAGGUUCCACGGCGAUGUUGGCCACCACACCAACGAUUGUGCCGACCUCAAGGAUGAAAUCGAAAGAGUGAUCCGCGAGGGAAGGUUACAAGAAUUCAAGGCCGAGCGAAGGCCCCGAAAUGACGGCCAUGGUGGGCAGAAUGACGGUCGACGCCGAGAGGAGAACCAGCGCCUGGAGGAUCACGAACUCGUCGGCGUCAUAAGGACUGUCCUCGGCGGUCCUUAUAUAGGAGGAGACUCAAGGAGGUCUCAGAAGGACUACGCCCACGAGGCCAGGGGGUACAGCCACACUGAUAUGGCUUUUAACGAGGAUGACGCUAGUGGGGUUCAUUUCCCCCACAACGAUGCCUUGGUGGUGGAAGCUAUGAUAGGAAACCACACCGUGUGCAGAAUCCUGGUGGACAAUGGGAGCUCGAUGGACCUCCUAUACUCCGAUUGCUUGGAGAAAAUGGGGAUCCAAAAGGAACAAUUGGAGAAAACCUCCAGGCCGCUAUAUGGUUUCACAGGUGACUCCGUCAUCCCUCAAGGGACAAUCCGGCUACCCAUAACUGCCGGAGAGAAACCUCGAUAG